AUUCACGGGCGCCAAGGAGCGGCUUCAGGCCGAUGUAGCUGCGCCUCUUGUUCGGGAAGAAGGGACGUGGUUGUUGGGGAUUAUGGCUCCUGCUGCUGUCGUCUCUGCUGGGCAACCUCCUGAGAUCCAAUUUGCUCAGAGGUUGGCCUCGAACGAGAAACGGAUUCGGGAUCGGGCGCUAAAAAAGCUACGUGGCUACAUGACGCUCAGGACCCAGAGACUAGAGGGUUCCUUCAGCCAAGAAGAAUUGUUAAAAAUAUGGAAAGGAUUAUUUUACUGUAUGUGGAUGCAGGAUAAACCUCUCUUGCAGGAGGAGUUGUCAAAUAAUAUAUCACAACUUAUCCAUUUAAUCGAGAAUAUGGAUACUCGACACUUGUUCAUUCAGACUUUCUGGCAAACUGUGAAUCGUGAAUGGAAUGGAAUAGAUCGAUUGCGUCUAGAUAAAUUUUACAUGUUGAUCCGCAUGAUGCUGAGGCAGUCCUUUGAAGUUCUGAAAAGAAAUGAAUGGAAUGCAAGUUUAAUUGAACGAUUUCUGAAUAUGUUAAUAAUGGAAGUUAUGCAUCCAGAUAGCCAUGCUCCCAUUGGUAUUAAAUUGCAUUUCAUUGAUAUCUAUCUGGAAGAACUGGCUAAAGUUGGAGCUAAAGAGCUCACAGCAGACCAGAACAUUAAGUUUAUUGAACCAUUCUGCAAAAUUAUUGCCAGGACCAAGGAUCAUCUUAUGCUGCAAGCCAUAAUCUGUGGCAUCUUUGAAACCAUUGUGGAUCAGUCCCCAUUUGCCAUAGAAGAUUUAAUGAAAGAACUAGAAACUGGCAGUGAUGUUGACAGUACCUCAGAAGAUGAAAAAUGGACUGACAGAGAAGAUACAGAAAUGGCCAGAGGCAGGGGCUUGUCAAACAAACUGUCUCCAAAUUCAGAGACACAUGGUAAUAUUUCAGAAGAUAUAGAAGCUAACAUUGGACCUGUUCUUCAGUUUGAUUAUGCAGCAAUUGCCAGCACAAUCUUUGAGUUGAGCAGCAGAAAAAACACACCUGCUUUUAACAGAAAGCGCCUCUACAAAUUGAUUAAAAAAUUUCAAGAUCUUGCAGAAGGCAGUUUCCCUCAAAAUGAUUUCCCCGAAGAUGUCUCUACAGAUGAGGAUGAUGAUACCUUCAGCAGGAAGAAAUUGAAAAGAAAAUCUGGGAAACCCUUAGAUAAAGUUCAAUUGGAGAAAAAAGACAACAAUCAAACCCAAAAGAAUGGUGAUGAGGAAGAAGAGGCCAACAGAGGGCUACAAAAAAAAAGGAAGAGGAGAAAAUCCAGUCGGAGAGCUGAUACUUGCAUGCCAACUAGAAAUAAUGAGAAUAGACCAGUUAGUGUUGAAUCCAAGACACCAGAUCGAGCCAACGAAUCCUCAGAUAUCAGGAAAUGGCAGAAAUCUUCAAGUGCAGAGAACAAUGAAGUUGCUUCAGUCAUUCCCAUUGAAGGACUUGGUGAUGAUUCUUCUUUGAAGUCAUUGACAUGUUUAGCCAAUGGCAUAAAGAAGCCUUCUCCACACAAAAAUGGGAGCCUACCAAAAGUUCCUAGAAAAAUUAUGUGUCAGAAUGGACAGAAUUAUGACAAUGAAGAGGACCCUAAUUAUCGUACUACAGGACGCCACACUGGUAAAAUUAUGAAAUCAAAGCCAGGAAUCACUGGAAAGCUUUUGUCUGAAGAAAGUGUUAAUCUGCCAGAGAAGAAAUGCCUUGUAGAGUCAGAACCUAUUGUGCUUCAUAAAGUCAAGUUGAAGAGAAAAAAAAUGUUGGGGAAUUUGGGGAGGACUAUAUGUUCCAAACAGAAAGCAAUUGACUUGAAAAUGCAAAGAAAAAGCAAGAAAGGCCCAAAUUCCAUAGAAAGAAAUGAACUUGAAAACAAGAAGAGGAAGAACGAAGUCUGGUUCCCAUGGAAAGGCAUUCAGGAAACUGUUGGUAUUGGCCUACCAAUAAAGAAAACAAAGGAAAAGGUGGAGAAUGAUUUUGUGAAGUUUGCAAAGACAGCUUUACCAAAGCCAGCCUUCUUUAGAAAAGCUAAAAGAAGCAUUACUGCCAUGCCGUUAAGCAAGCUGCAAUCUUCCAGCUACAAAAAGGUUACCUUUGGAUUGAAUAAGAAUAUGACAACUGAAUUUAAGAAGACAGACAAAAGUAUCUUAGUCAGUCCAGAGGGAGUCUCCCGAGUAGCUUUCAAUCCUAAGCAAAAACCACCCCAUGGAGUCCUAAAGUCCUCCUCUGGCUCUUUGAUGGAAACCCCUCAAUUAAAGAAGUCUCUUGUAAUUCCAGCUAAGAAGAGACCAACUGCUAUGGAUUUCUUCUAAGCCCAAUAAAUCGAAAAGAAUUUUGUUGUGAAUGAAUGAUAGAUAUAUGAUAUAUAUAUAUGGAGUGACCUCAGGUUUGAAAAUCUGUUUUUCUAAAAACAAGUUAUCUAAUGAAUAUUUUUAUAAAGCUUUAUUUUAAGCUGCUUUUUGGUGUAGUCUUUAUUAUUUUAAUCUUAAUGGGCUCUUUUGUUUUCUACUCUGUUUCAUUUUUCCUCCUCACACCUUCCAUCUUCCUAUCUAACACUUUGGGUUAAAAUAAAAAUAUUUAUUGAAAACAAGUUUUUCAAAGAGAAAAAAUCUUUGUCUAAAUCACUUGUUUUAAUAGUAUAAAUUAAAACUGUUACUAUUCAUACACAUGGUGCACUUCACAUAUAGUGCUUAAGCAUGUGUGAUAAUAUUCUUAGCAAUUUGAGAAUUGCUCCUCUGUUCAGAAAAUGUAUGUGUUCUAGUCUGAUGCCCCUCAGAUAUGUUGUGAAUAAAAUUCCAAGCCAGCAUAAUCCAUACUUACAUGGAAGAUAAUCUACUAUAUAUUUUUCUCUAAUAAAUGCAUGUUUAUGCAGUUUGUCUUCACAAAAGUAUUCAAUCAAGGCGUUGUUCUUCCUCUAUUAAAAUGAACUAAAUUAUCACUUUUGCAGAAGCCUCUGUGCUGUUUGAUUACAGGGUAAGGAUAGUUAAUAAGGCUAUUUGAAUCAAAAAGAGGGGAUGGGAUUCACUAUAUCUAAAGUCCUGCUGAUGCCAGCAGGAUGCAAAAAGUAUUUUGCUGGGAAUCUUUCUCCCACCUUCAGAGUUCCUGUCUUGUCAAUUUGCAAUACAUGGAAACAUAGCUUUACUGAUUAGAUUCACCAUAACUUGGGAUCAAGCUGGGGAAUAGAAAGGUUUGAGUUCCAACUGUUAGAACCAUGCCACCAGCUAUCUUUUUAGAUAAAUGGCAAGACUUUUUUUUC